ACAACCACAUCCAUCAACCCGGCCCCACAAACUCGACCUCACUUCGCAUCUACCAUCACCUUCGGCCUCAUCACAUCCUCGCCCACUCACACCCGCUACAAUGGUCGAACUCGUGGAAGUCGAAGACGAGUCCUUCGAGACAAAGCAGGUCGGCCCAGACGACGAGGAAGACUACUACACCGACACUGACUCUGAGAUCUCCUCCGACGACGAAGACGACCCCCCGGCCCUCGACGAGUCCCUCUCCGAGCGCCUCCUCGCCCUGCGCGACAUCAUCCCCCCCACAACCCGCACCGCCAUCUCCUCCAUCUUCAACACGACCUCCGGAUACGUGGCUUCCACCCUCGGGUUCGGCGGGAAGGCGCUGUUCGUGCUCAGCACGAGCGCGCUGCUCCUCGGUGUGCCGUGGGCGCUUGCGUUCGCGGAGGAGCAGCAGAUUGCGGAUAUGGAGAAUGAGAUGCGUGCGAGGGAGGCUGGAUCUGAGCUCCUCGCAGCCCCCGGCUCAACAGCCGAGCAACUUAGCGCCCAAUUAGGGGCUCCCGCAGCAGCAAGCCCAGCGUUAUAAAGUAGGGUAGUAGCAGAGUGACAUACGCCUUAAUGUCGGUGUAGGAACAGGGAUAGAUGGAAAUGAAACGGGCAUGUAAAACACGGUUGGGUUUUUGACACGCAUGGCGCGCUGUUGUAUAUGUCGUUAAGCUUGUAAAAUAAUUAUAUGUGUAUCAAGAGAGAGCUGAAUGGGAGGUCUACUGGUUGUCUGAUGACACUAUGGCGAGCGGGGUGAGAGGGGACUACAGUAUGUCUAGUUGAAUGAAGCUG